GGCUGCUUCCCCAUUGUAGAAGCUGCGCCGUGAGGAGGACGGCGUGCUGCUCCUGGCGCGGGGCUGCGGGGAAUCUCGGCGAGCCGAAGCCCUGGCGUCUUUUUAGGGUGCGGCGGAGAGGGCCCUGGCGUUUGGGGAGUGGGCCGGGAGGAGGACCGGAGCAGGAAAAGGACUCUGUGGGGGUCUGGGUGAGAGACUAUGGGGAAGGACCAGGAGCUGUUGGAAGCUGCUCGCACUGGCAAUGUGGCUCUGGUGGAGAAACUCCUGUCUGGCAGGAAAGGAGGGAUCCUGGGCGGUGGAUCCGGACCUCUGCCCCUGUCUAAUCUGCUAAGCAUCUGGCGAGGUCCCAACGUGAACUGCACAGACAGUUCGGGUUACACCGCUCUGCACCACGCAGCCUUAAAUGGACAUAAGGACAUAGUUCUCAAACUUCUUCAGUACGAGGCAUCAACAAAUGUAGCAGACAACAAAGGUUACUUUCCCAUUCAUCUGGCUGCCUGGAAGGGAGAUGUGGAGAUUGUGAAGAUUCUCAUUCACCAUGGACCUUCACAUUCCAGAGUCAAUGAACAGAACAACGAGAACGAAACCGCACUGCACUGCGCAGCUCAGUAUGGACACUCAGAAGUGGUCGCUGUUCUCCUGGAAGAGCUCACGGACCCCACGAUCAGGAACAGCAAACUUGAGACACCGCUGGACUUGGCAGCACUCUAUGGACGGCUGAGAGUGGUGAAGAUGAUCAUCAGCGCGCACCCGAACUUAAUGAGCUGUAACACUCGGAAGCACACGCCGCUUCACCUUGCUGCCCGCAAUGGUCACAAGGCCGUUGUACAGGUUCUGCUGGAGGCAGGCAUGGAUGUGAGCUGCCAAACAGAAAAGGGGAGUGCUCUCCAUGAAGCGGCUUUGUUUGGGAAGGUGGAUGUGGUGCGAGUUCUAUUAGAAACAGGAAUUGAUGCCAACAUAAAGGACAGUUUAGGAAGAACUGUCUUAGACAUCCUGAAAGAGCACCCUUCUCAGAAGUCUCUCCAGAUUGCCACGCUCCUGCAAGAGUAUUUGGAAGGCACGGGAAGGCCAGCAGUCCCGGAAGAGCAUGCGCAGGAAGAUACAACACACGAGACACACCUUUCCUCUCCUGCUGAGUCUCCUUCCCAAAAGACUAAAAGUGAAACUGUCACUGGAGAACUAUCAAAGCUUCUGGAUGAAAUAAAACUCUGCCAAGAAAAGGAUUAUUCCUUUGAAGAUUUGUGCCACACGCUUUCAGGCCACUACUUAGAUAAUUUGAGCAAGAUUUCAGAGGAAGAACUUGGGAAAAAUGGAAGCCAGAGUGUAAGAACUUCAUCUACAAUAAAUUUGUCACCAGGAGAAGUGGAAGAGGAGGAGGAGGAUCCGAACACUUGUGGACCCACAGGACUUUGGGAAGCACUAACUCCGUGUAACGGAUGUAGGAACCUGGGCUUUCCCAUGCUUGCACAGGAGUCUUAUCCAAAGAAGAGGAAUUACACCAUGGAAAUUGUGCCAUCUGCUUCUCUGGACACAUUCCCUUCGGAAAAUGAAAACUUUCUUUGUGAUCUCGUGGACACAGCUGUUACAAAGAAACCUUGCUCCUUAGAAAUCGCAAGGGCACCUUCUCCGAGAGCUGAUAAUGCCUCUGAGGUAGCAAUUACUGCUCCAGGAACUAGUCACCAUAGGAACAGCUCUACAGGCCCAACACCUGACUGCUCACCUCCAUCUCCCGACACUGCCCUAAAAAAUAUUGUAAAAGUUAUCCGACCCCAGCCAAAACAACGAACAUCUAUUGUGUCUUCUCUGGAUUUCCAGCGAAUGAAUCAUAACCAAGAAUACUUUGAAAUCAGCACAUCUACAGGGUGUACCAGCUUUACUUCUAGCCCUCCAGUUAGCCCGCCCACCUCUUCUGUGGAAACCACAGAAGUCAAGAACGAGGGAGCUGAACACACAGAUGACCUCUGUCAGCAGGAAGACAGUGACGCCCCAAGAGAAUAUGAUGCUGGGCAAUUUGCAGGUCUUCUCCAUGGAUCCUCUCCAGCCUGUGAGUCUCCUGAAAAUCCAUUUCAUCUGUAUGGAAAAAGAAAUCAAUGUGAAGACGGACCAGACGAAGCCAGUCUGGCAAACAGUCCUUUGCCUUUCAAACAGACUCCGAUAGAAAAUAACUCAGAGCCGUUGGUAAAGAAAAUUAAACCGAAAGUGGUCAGUAGAACAAUUUUCCACAAAAGAAGCCACCAGCUUGAGAACCACACCAUUGUUGGCACAAGAACACCUCGGAGUGGAUCCCGCCACGGAGGCCAGUGGGGUGUGAGCACAGGGGGCUUUGUGGAGAGAGCAUGUACUCUGGGGAGGAUAAGGUCAUUGCCUAAAGCCCUGAUUGACAUGCACCUAUCCAAAACUGUCUCUAAGUCCGAUUCUGAUCUCAUUGCCUACCCUACAAAGGACAAAGUGAGAGUUAACUGGAGCGAAUCAUCAACUGCCGAACGCAGUUCUAAAGAUAAUUCUGAAAGAACACCUUCCUUCACAUCUGAAUGGGAAGAAAUCGACAAAAUAAUGAAUUCUAUUGAUGUUGGAAUCAACAGUGAACUUGAAGAGAUGAAUGGACCCAGAUGCCCUGUCCAAACUGUGGGACAAUGGUUGGAAAGCAUUGGGCUACCUCAGUACGAGAACCACCUGAUGGCUAAUGGAUUUGACAAUGUACAGUUUAUGGGAAGCAAUGUUAUGGAAGAUCAGGAUUUGUUGGAAAUUGGAAUCCUUAAUUCUGGACACAGGCAGAGAAUUCUACAGGCAAUCCAGCUCCUUCCAAAGAUGAGGCCCAUUGGUCAUGAUGGCUACCAUCCCACCUCUGUAGCUGAGUGGCUGGAUUCCAUUGAGCUGGGUGACUACACCAAAGCCUUUCUCAUUAAUGGCUACACGUCAAUGGACCUGUUGAAAAAAAUCUGGGAAGUUGAACUUAUUAAUGUUUUAAAAAUCAGUUUGAUUGGCCACAGGAAACGCAUUUUGGCAUCUCUGGGAGACAGACUGCACGACGAGCCUCCACAGAAACCCCCUCGGUCCAUCACCCUCAGGGAACCCAGUGGUAAUCACAGUCCUCCUCAGUUGUCUCCAUCACUUAGCCAAAGCACUUACACCACUGGUGGCUCCCUAGACGUUCCUCACAUUAUCAUGCAGGGCGAUGCAAGGAGGAGAAGAAAUGAAAACUACUUUGAUGAUAUUCCCCGAUCAAAGCUGGAGAGGCAGAUGGCUCAGUCGUCUGUCUGUGAAAUAUGGACGAAUCAGAACGCUGGAUUUCCUUUCUCAGCGAUCCAUCAGGUUCAUAAUACAGGGGACUGGGGAGAACCUUCCAUCACCUUGCGACCUCCUAAUGAAGCCACAGCCUCAACUCCAGUCCAGUACUGGCAGCACCACCCAGAAAAGCUCAUUUUCCAGUCGUGUGACUACAAAGCUUUUUAUUUAGGUUCUAUGCUGAUAAAAGAGCUGAGGGGGACAGAAUCAACGCAAGAUGCUUGUGCAAAGAUGCGGGCUAACUGUCAGAAGUCGACGGAGCAGAUGAAGAAAGUCCCCACUAUUAUUCUUUCAGUCUCCUAUAAAGGAGUCAAAUUUAUUGAUGCAACAAAUAAGAACAUAAUUGCCGAACAUGAAAUUCGUAAUAUCUCCUGUGCUGCCCAGGACCCAGAAGACCUCUCAACAUUUGCUUAUAUCACAAAGGAUUUGAAGUCCAACCACCACUACUGUCACGUGUUUACUGCCUUUGAUGUGAAUUUAGCCUAUGAAAUCAUCCUAACACUGGGACAGGCAUUUGAGGUCGCUUACCAGCUAGCUCUACAAGCAAGAAAAGGGGGGCAUUCCUCCACACUUCCAGAAAGCUUUGAAAACAAGCCCUCCAAACCCAUCCCAAAGCCCCGCGUUAGCAUCCGAAAGUCAGUGCAGAUCGACCCUUCUGAGCAAAAGACUCUGGCCAAUCUGCCGUGGAUUGUGGAGCCGGGGCAAGAAGCCAAGAGGGGCAUUAAUACCAAGUAUGAAACCACGAUUUUCUGAUACUCGCCGCCCCGUCCUCGCGGUGCCUUGCUCGCCAAGCAGUCCCCGCAGCAGGCUUUACCUUCGCGCCUCCGUGUCCACCCGCCCGGGAGGAAGACCGCUCGGCUCGCGUGGCCUCGUCACGGGCGGAAGGCCGCCGGCCGCCCCCAGGGAGCUUUCUGCCAGCGAGACUCUGCCGCCCCUUAGAGGCGCGGGGGCCCGCGGGGCGCCCCGACCCGCCCCCGCCGCCCCCGAGGUACCGCUCACCCGCCCCGCGCUUGCUUUGCUUUAGCUGGGGAGGGCGCCCUCCGCAGGGGGCGGGCUGGGGCGGCCGGGGCUCCCCUGCGGCCCAAGAGCCUCCACAGCUGGGGUUGUUUCCACCGUCAGCGUCAGCCGUUUGGAAGGGGGAGGUCAGACCGGUCCUGCUAGCCCGCCCCACCCCAGAGCACCUGUAAAAUCCUCCGUGUCACAGUACAGUUUCAUGCAAAAAGACAGAGCAAGCCUCACGCUCGCCAGGAAAAUUCUGCCCCCCUCCCCCGAUUUCUAUAUUUGUGGAUUUUAUAUGUAAUCAACUAUGUCAGAUAAAGGAAACCUUUAUUGAAUGAUUCAAAAAUUUUAAAAAAAAGUGAUUUAAAACAGAGGAAUUUAUUAUGCACAGAAAAAUGUGUCUUGUAUUAAAUAUUUUUAUUAAAAGAGUGUUUCAUUAAUGCAUUCAUAAGAAAACUAGGUUUGUUGUGCGAGAUGUAUCUGGUUCCAUUUCAAAUGGCUACAUCUCGACUGUUGCUCGCCCUGAGGCCCUGGCUCAGCUGUGGUGAAACCCUGCCGCCAGCCCCUCCUCAAGCGCAGAACAGGCUAGCGCUCAGCCUGACCCAAGCGAUGACUCAGCCAUAGCCUGCGCAAGUUUUUUUUUUGGGUUGUUUUUUUUUUUUUUUUGGGUUGUUUUGUUUUGUUUUGUUUUAGCCUUUGGAGUGUUUUAAAGAACAUGUUUAACAAAAAAUAUAAUCUAGGGCUCCUGCUGUCAAGAUUUCUGUAAUGGAAACCUUGCUUAAGGACGGUGUUAAUAAAAUUCUAUUGCAAAAUUCUUUUAUAUAAAAAAUAAAUAACACAAAAAAAGAAGAAAUUCCAAAGUAAUAAAAACUUUUCUUGAAACAGAUUAAGAAGAUGUUUGCUUACUAUUUGAUUAAAUAAAUUUACUUACGUUUCUUUAAGGUAUUUUAAUUUUUUAAAUGUCUAUGUGGAAUAUUUGUAUGAUACCAUAAUGUAUAUUUCUGUAGAAUCAAAUUAUAUAAACAGUACCAAUAUCAUUAUAGAAAAAUAACAUUUUAAUGUAUAUUGUUCUAACCAAUCAUAUUGUGAAUCAUUUUGAAGUUCAUUAUAGCGAUAUUGAUAAAUUGUGAACUUGUCUUAAUGUUUUUUUAUUAACCAACAUUAUUUUAAACCUGAGAUUAUCACAUUCAUCAGUUGGUGAGUUUUGAAGAAAAAUUAAAUUUCAUCUCAACUGACAAAUGUAUACGGUUUUAGUUCAGUGUUGGAGAAUUUUAAUACAAUAUUAAAUUACUUGAACUGAAUAGUUCCUUGUAUAUACUUUGCCUAUUCAUUGUUGAUAUGUAUGUAGUAAACUGAGAGGAAAAAUAACACUAAACUAUGGUACCAAAAGGAACCUGUAUAGGAACAAAGCAGCCGGUAGCUUUGCUGAAACACAAGCGUGUGUGUAAAUAAGCUUAGGCUUCCAGUUAUACAUUUUGUAAUUUUUGUCAUUAUUUAUAUCCUAUAAAAAAAAGCACACAAAAUAAAACAGACGCUGUACAGUGACUGGUGCUUGGCAUGGUUCUGUGAGCACCUCCCACCCCCACUGAGGAGAGGCCCAGCCCUCUCAGCAUCCACAGAGAAAGAGGUUUGGGUUUUGUUUUGUUUUGCUUUGUUUUUUGUUUUUUCUCUUGGCAACAAUACUGAGAAACUUGCUCAUUUCCAAGUUCACACAGCCUGAAAAAGAAACACUAUCUCCAGAAGCUUGAAUUUCAGCCAGAAGCCAAGGUGUCUUUGCAUGGCCUUUGUAAAGUGGCAUAGCAGGGAGGGACUGGUAAGAUGGACAUUUUUAAAACAGUGGAGACGCGCCCUGCCCCCCAAAAUGGACUGCUUACGUAGCUCAACAUACAUUGCUUGCUUGGGAAAGUGUCCCAAGGGAUACAUCCCUCUACAUGGACUUUCGUCGUUUUCCGGGCCUGCGUAAGAGGUGGGAAAUGCGCCAGUCAGAGCCACACUGGUUCUGUGGCCAAUGGCCACCAUACGCCAAGUCCUUUGACCUUCAGAUCACCCAUUGCCCAAUCCAUGACUGCUAUCGUUGGGAACCCAAUGCAGUUUUAGGGUGUUCUCUGCCUGUCAUGCAGAAGCCUGGGACUUUGAACCCAAAAGAGCUAACCCAGUGAAAGUUCGGCUAAAAUGGCCCUUGGGACACCUCAGGCUGGGGCUUUCCACUCUGAUGCUUCCACUGGGCCAGUUCGUUUGUUUAUUUUUUUUCUCCAGUCUUCUUUCUAUAUCAUCACUGUUCAUGGCACUCAUGUUUGCAUCUGUAGUGAUUCCAGCAUGAAGUGCAGGGCACACUUCACUUAGGAGAGAUUUCGAUACAAGACUAGCAUAGUAGGUGGGACGGAACAGUCUUCUGGUACUGGUGCCAGCUUGAAGGGGCAGUAAGGACAGAGAGAGCCGUGUGGCAGGCUUAGCCUCUCCAGACUGGGGGAUACAGACAGUCGCAGUGAGCCUCAGAGAGAAGGCAGGGGAAGCCCUGAUGGCCCUCUCCAUUCCUCACCCAAGAACAGCUCGUGGCUAGACCAUGGCAGGGAGUGAGAGGGGCAUGCCUAGAGCAGAAAAGCCAGCUCAGGCAUGGGAGAUAGGAUUUACAGCUGAUUUUUUUUUUAAGGGAAACCUGGUAUUUGAUAAAUGCAGUAACCAGACGGUGAAAGUGAAAGCCCAUAAAGGCCAGCAUUAAUCAAAAGAGAACUUGAAUGUCCCCUUUUCAGAAGCACUUGAAUUCAAUUGAUCCAUUUAAUUUUUUUCUUAUUAAAUGGUGUUCUGUAAUAAAUCUGAAUGAAUGAACCCUAUGAAAAUUAUGCCUGGCUCAUUAAUAAGUCAUGAAAGUGGUUUUUCUCAAGUUGGACUGCUUGGGGAUGCCUAUCUAAUGUUUGAAUAAAAUGGAUUAGAAUUUUAAGAUUAAAGGGUGUGUGGCCACAUUCUCAAAAGUCAGUAAAAAUUUGAACUUGGACUUCAAGUAAUGUUACUCCCAUUUCUAAAAGGAGCUGAAAUUGUGGGGAGUAGCCUAGUUUCCAGUGAGCUAGAAUGUAAA